GCUACCGAAGGAUCUUCGGAUCCUUGGGCCUCCCCGGGAGGCAGCUGCACUUCGACGCCCGCACCACGACCGUGCUCUACGUCUUCGUGACCACUUGGCUGUUCUUGAAGAACACGGGCAUCCACCUGCCCAACAGCCACGGAAAUUCGAGCAGCUGCCUGGAGUGCUGCAAUUUCUCCACUGGCCUCGGCCAGGAAGUUUUCCCUUUCAAGGUUGUAGGCUACGAGAAGUUCGACGAGAAGUUCCUGAGCGGCAAGGCCCUCCUCUUCUACCUGCACCCCGACGGGCCCCUCACCUACCUUCUCAUCGGCUACCAGAACGAGAACUUUCAGGACGUUCCGCCUGGCUGGGCUCCCAACAUCAGCGACUACCCUCUUCGCUUGUAUUUCGAGCCUUUGAAGCUUUGGUACAGGAUCUACGAGGGCGAUGACACCAUGGUGGGCCCACUUGUGGCGGGCAGGCUGCAAGGGAAGGCCCAGAGAUUGGGCAUGCAGCUCAGGCUGCCGAGACCAGACGGAGGCGUCGACGUCGGAAGCGACGCCUUAGUGCGUCUCAGCGUCGACGAAGUUCGCGACCCACAGAACCAGGGCGUCAUCUUGCAACACUCCAUCCCCAGCGGGAUACAAGCCUUAUGCAACAGCCUCAAGGAUGCCUUCGGAGUGAGCGACCAAGAGGUUGUGUCCCAGAGCAUAGAAGCUUUCUUCGAAUUCCGACGAGGCAAGAUGAGCUUUCAGGAGUACGCGAUCGAGUUCGACAUCCGCCUGGAAGAAGCAGUCACCCGGGCGGGCUUGGACUUGAACGACGUGGCCAAGUUCUACUUGUUCUUCCGGGGCAGCGGCUUACCGUACAAGUUCAUCGAGGACAUCAAGCUGCAGCUCCAGGGAGAUCUUCGUCGGUACCAGGAGGCCAGAGUGCUGGCGCUGAGGUUGAUUACCAAGAAAGACGAUUCAGGUGAGACUUUCUUCGAGGACACCGAGAACAACCUCCCCGCGGAAGAUGGCUGGGACAACCGCUCUUGGACCGAGGAUAGCUGGUCCUGGGUGGAAGAUGCAAGCCCGGGCCAUCAAGCUAAGUACUGGUUGGACCAGGACUUCUACGAGCCCUACUACGACGGCGCCUACUAUGACGAAAGCUAUGAUGACUGGUAUGAGAAUGAAAGUUGGACUGAGCCUUGGGAUGAGCAGCCUCAAGGGGAACAAGAAGCUGCCUCUUCCUCAGAGCCGGCGGCCCUGGCUGCUCAAUCUGCGGUUCCAGAUGGCAUGCUGCAAGCUCCUGCCCGGUGGGAGCCAACCCAAGCUACGGUGGCGGCAAAGGAAAAGGAAAGUCGAAAGGCUUUGGCGGUCCCUCUGGAUGGCCGAGGCUACUACGGGUACACCGUGGAGAAGACCCUUGUAGGCAGCUUCGGCGAGUCCAAGAUGUCGUCGCCGAAAGACGACAUCAACGGCACACCGGAGCAGACGUUAGGAGAGGUCUCUCUCCCACUCAAGAUGGCCGAGCUGAACAGCACCUACUCAGCAGAGGUGAUAGAUUCGGGCCACUACUUGCUCCCCGUUGAUGAACAGGCUCCUCUGCCCAUCGACGCCCGCAAGAACGUGGAACAGAUGCUUUUCACAUGGUCAGAGGAGAUACAAGAACGCUGGAGCGACUUUCGCUCCAGUCCAAAGACUUUCUCCACUACCACAGAGGCCAAGCGAGAUGAAGCAAGAGAUGCAGACUCCAGUUCAAAUACUUUCUCCACUACCACAGAGGUUGAACGAGAUGAAGCGAGAGAUGCAGACUCCAGUCCAGAGACUUUUCCCACUACCACAGAGGUCAUGACAGAUGAAGCGAGAGAUGCUGGCUCCAGUUCAGAGACUUUCUCCACUACCACAGAGGUCCAUGUUUUUAAAGAUGUGUCGUCAGCAUCGGGGUCCACUAAGUCCAUGUCGUCAGCAUCGGGGUCACCUGUCAGCAAGCCGUUUCUCGAUGGUCCUGAUGUGAGAACUACGAGAACAGAGGACUUUUGGACCCUGAACAGCGAGUACCUGACUCGACGCCACAAAGUAGCUCGCAGGAUCCUCUUUACUCCGAACUGUGCCAUCGACUGCCCCAUCGAACGCUCCCAGAUCCAAGGAAGGAGAGUCACGGAGAUCCACUACGUGCCUAGGAAUGCCGCGGGCAGGGUACUGGAAGACAACUGGAUCACGGCUACAGCUCCCAACUACGACCUCGGCAGCUUGUGGACAGGGACUACUCGGUUUCGGCUCCAACCACCUCCUCUACCACCACGACCGUCGGCGGCAAUGGCUACGGAUGUUCAUGGCGAUGGUUUGGAACCCGACCUGUUCCCAAGCUACAGUGGCGAUGAGUUUCCAGAUCACUGGUCAGAAGACCGAAGAGAACGAGCUCGCCACUACUACCGCGCGAUCCCCGAGGAGUUCUACACGACGUCUGGCCGCCGCCCGAUCACUCCCAAGAAUGUUUCAGCAUGGGUGAAGAAGGCGGCUGGCAAGAGCCUUCGGUUUCAGUUUUGGGAGUUGUGCUCUGGAUCCGGCCGACUUUCCUUGUGCUUGCUGAUGGCUCAGUUCAUGGUUGGUUUUCCGGUGGACUACAGAUACUCCUGGGACAUUGGAUACGCUCCCCACCAGGCCUUGCUUCAACAGGUGCAUCGCCAGUUCUCUCCCGACCAUUUGUUUGCCUCUCCGAGCUGCACACCAUGGUCGGUGGCUUCGGCAAGCAAGGACAAGGCCAGGCGAGAUGAGGAGCGGCGGUCGGAACUUCCUACUCUUGAGUUACUCCAUGAUAUGUCGCUUAGCCAGCGCAACCAGGACAGGGACUUUACCUUGGAGCAGCCUCACUCUUCGGCGAUGCUGCGAGAAAGCCCCAUUGUGAAGCUGCUGAACCACUCCGGGGUACGGAUACAGCGCAUGGAUCAAUGUAUGCUGGGAGCGACGGAUGAACUUCAGCGUCCAGUCCGGAAGGCCACGGCCUUCCUGAGCAACCGGCGCGCUGGCGUCGCACCAUCAAGCGAUGCAAUGGCCACAAAGGGUCCCCACGGCGAGCUUCAGGGCCGGUUCAAGGGAUUUGUGGGCCAUCCUUCGUGCGGACAAGGCCUCUACGUGUCCUACCUGGCCGAGGAUAUCACGGGGCCCUUCAAGUUUCUUGCUCGUAGCGGCGACUACUCUCGAGUGUCCCUGGAGGUGCACUCUUCUUUGACGAUUCGCCCGGAGCCCCAACUCUACCUCAAGGCCGCCAUGAUGCAGCUGAUUGAGUCGUGCCUCGAGAUCUUCCAGGCCACGACUUCACGGGACUACGAUCACUGGUUGUCGGAUCCAGUGCUCCUGCGCGUCUUCCAGGACGUGUUCCACGAGAUCAUGAGCGUCCUGGGCGUCUUGGUUUCGUUGAGGCCCUGGCAUCGCAAGGUUCCUGAUCCUUACUUGAGUUCGGCCUGCGCUCCGAUGCGAUUGUUGAUCAGUGGAGAAAUUCGUUCUUGGAAGAUUCACGGCUUGGAAGAUAUGCGGGUGCUCUCCCAUCAUCAACUUCAUGCUCCAGUAGAGGAAGCGGAUUGGCACGUGCACCUCUUUGGCUUCUGUCAGGAUGAUCCAGAUGUGGAUCGCGACGUGCUGGGCUCAUCCUCUGAGCCGAAAAUCCUUAAGCCCCUCUUUGACUUCAAGAAGGUUUACAAGCGGCUCCAGAGUGAGAUCGUCCAAACAGAUCCGGUGACGGCCAAACGUCUUCUCUUGGGGCUUCAUGAGAGGUUCUAUCACUGCCCCAUCACCGACUUCGAGAACAUGUUGUUGCGGGCCGGGCUUUCCUCCGACAUCUUACCACUUGCCGAGGAAGCCGUCAUGAUCUGCUCCAUCUGCCGGAAGUACGUGAGGCUUCCCGACAGACCACAGAUCAAGAUUGGGUCAGCGGCCUCGUCCUUCAACCACCGGGUGCAGAUCGACCUCUUCAUGCACAAGGACACCUGGAUUCUCCUGAAUGUGGACGAGGCCACCCGAUACAAGACAGCCACGGCAGUCAAGUCCCGGGAACACCAGGAGUUGCUCAACAGCAUGUUUCUUUCAUGGUUUUCCAUCUUUGGGCCACCGGCACAGUUGGUGAUGGACCAGGAGACCAGCCUCAUGGGUCACGAGGCCGGCCGGGAACUGGAAAGGUUCAAUGUGGAACGGGUGCCGAAAGGCACGACAGCAGGACCGGCAGGCCACCAACACACUGGGGCGGGCCUUGUUGAGCGUCAUGUGGGCCUGAUGGAAAUCACCAUGAUGAAGCUUGAAGCUGAGCUGGACCGGCAGGGAAUCGCGAUCACCAUCGGCGACCUUGCCAAGGAAGCGGCUAUGGCUCACAACAUCAGCCUCAACUACGGCGGCGCGACUCCCAGCAUGUGUGUGUUUGGAGUGAUCCCUCGGCCCUUCUACCAGGACGACAGCACGGGAAUCUCCACAGCGGUCGGCGCCUUGCAGACCGACGUUGCACCGCUUGAGAAGGUGAUCCGCGUCCGACAGAUGGCUCUGUCGAUGGUUCAACGAGCCGUGGCCAAGGACCGGAUAGCGAGGGCGAACAGAACGCGCACGCGUCAGCUCAAGAUUAGCGAGCUGGGAGACGUGGGAUGGCGUGGACCAGCGGAAUUACUGAAGAUCAACAAGGACGAAGGCGCGGCCAUCCUCUCCUACCAAGGACGCCCGUAUUUGGUCUCGCUCCGCCACAUCCGGCCGCACCAGGCAGGAGUGUUCGUAUUUCUCAACAAGGAACAAGUUGGCGACCUGAUGGAGCUCAAGCACUUGACGGAGAAGCUCUCGCCUUACAAGAUUGCCACCAUCGGCUGGGUUCCAGAGAAGAAAGGUGAACUUGUGACAUGGAGGCGAGCGUCAACCAGUUCCCUCGCCUACUCGGAGGUCUGGCCCAAAAUCAUGAGAUUAGCCUCCGGUCUUUCGAGACACAAUGCCGGAGGAGCCAUGAUCGGCCAAGGUGUCCGUCAGAUCCAGCCACCUAUGGGAUCUUGCGGAGUACUCCUCCUGUGGAGCCACGGCGACUCCGAGCACGCAAGCCACGAGCACAACAACGACAAGCCGAUCGCGCUGAAGAAGUACUUCGUGAACAUCGAGUAUCGCCCCGAGAAGGCCAUGAGAGUGGUUCCCUCCGAAGGAGCGACUGAAAUUGAGGACGACGAAGACGUGAACCAGGACAGCUCUGGCAACAAACGCAAAGGACGCCUGGGGCUCCUGCUGGAUGUCAUCAAGGGCGAGCAAGUGAUCACCAAGGCCCAGCACAAUCUUGUGAACCUCUAUUGGGCGAUGCACUGGACUCAGGCGGUCCCCACGGACUUUCCCAUGGUCUGGUACGGCUGCGACAACAACGUCCAGCUGGCUCAGUGGGACAUCUUCAUGUCUCGCGCCCACGAUGCCUCCUCCGUUCCGGAACACCAGAAGAAGCCAUAUGUGUUCACGUGGCCAGCGAAGCACUUCGAGGAACUCUAUGCGGACCUCUCCAACGGCGAGAUCUACAAAGUGGAUGAUGAGGCCGACAACAUCACGGAGGACGAGUGCUACGACAUCUGGCCACAAGUGGAAGAAGCUGAUGCCGCGGAAAUCAAGCAGUUCGUGGAGACCUCGAGCUUCCAAAAGAUGCACGUGAACUCCCUUACUUCGGAGACUGUCAUCAUUGACAGCGUGUGGGUGCGAAAAUGGAAGCGAGUGCCGGACGGCUCCAGGAAGGUCAAGUCUCGACUGUGCGCUCGAGGAUGCUUUGACAAGCAGAAGGAUCUCCUCACGACCCUCAAGCCCGUGUACGGCCUCUCUGAUGCUCCACUGGCUUGGCAGCUGUGUCUUCACGGCCAUUUCGAGUCACAAGGGGGCGUCCCGUCUCUUAUGGAUGAGAACUUGUUCUAUUGGAGGGACAAGAACAGUGGACGCACCACCUCCCUGGUGACCACACACGUUGAUGACUGCGGCACUGGUGGCAAGAAGGAAUGGCUCGCACGUCAACUACAACUACUUCAGGAGAAGUUCGGAAAGGUGACUCGCCAGGUCCUUCCCUUCAACCACUGCGGAGUUCUGUAUGAGAGGAUUCCCAACGGCUUCAGAAUGUCGCAGGACAGCUUUGCCUUGAAGCUGAAGCCGGCGGAGAUCGCAAGCGCCCGAAAGGAUGACGAGCUCCUUUCACCCAGCGAGGUGACUAUGUUCCGGUCCAUUCUGGGCGGCUUGCUUUGGGUUACGGCUACGUGGCUUGAUCUGAUUGCCGAAGUAUGCGCAUUGCAGGCACAGGUCACUCGUGCCAAAGUGGCACACCUACGACAGGCCAAUGGCGUGGUCAAGCGGGCAAGACAGGAGGCUGGACAAGGUAUGGGCCUCUACUUCCAAAAGCUGGUCAGCCCGCUACGACUGGCAUGUGUGCAUGACUCCUCAGCCGCCGGGAACGUGAGGAACUAUGCCCAGGAAGGUAUAUUGGUCUUGUUGUGCGAGGACCGCAUGGGCCAGUUCGACAGGGGCUACGAGCACGUCUUGGACGACAAGCAGUGCCAGGCUGGCACUUUGGUGUCAGUGAGACUCGCCGAGCUCCUUUACUCCCCAAGGCCUCCAACUCUUCAAAGCCUGAUUGCACAACAAGAACGUGGCGUCGAAGGACUCCCCAUCGACUCGUACACCGACUGCCGCGACUUCUUCGAGCUAGCCUCCGGCGACAAGAAUGCUCCUCAGGACAAGAACCAGCGGCUCUAUGUUCUGUCCUUUAGAGAGGCCAGAAUGUCUGGAAGGGUCAGAUGGAUGUGCUUGACCCCUACGGAGUCGAUGACGGCCGAUGCCCUCACCAAGACGAUGAUUGCCGAGCCGAUGAUGAAGCUCCUCACCACGGGCACGGUGCAGUUUUACAACCAGGAGAAGCACAAGAUGACGCUACGGGCGUUGCCUCGGAUGGACUACAUCGAGGGGCACCACUUCGACAUGCACGACCACGAGCUCAUCAAGAUGAUCACGAAACCCGCAGCCUCUGUCACGGCUUGCGUGGCCUUUGUGAAGCCAAGGUUUCUAUGCUUGGCUAUUUUGGCGACUACGGCUUCGGCUACCACGACUUCACCGCCGUCUACCUCUACGACCUCUGCCAGCUAUGAUGUCGGCUGGAAGUGGAUGAUCACGAUGGUCGCGAUCAUCAUUGCGGCUGAAAGGCGAACUCAAGAUGCCCAGGACUCUGAGAAGGAGACCUACGCGGACCUUCUGCGACAGCUCAAGGAUGCCGAACAGUCUAUGGCUGGUCUGGGCCAGCAGCUGAUGAUGGCUGAACACGAGGUGACUGCGACCGUCUACAACGACCACUACCGCGAGCCCACCUUCCGACUGAGCUCUUUGCUACUGUCGCGACCGGCCGAACUUUUCACAGAGACCGUGAACGGCGAGCGGGGUCGCGACCCACACAUCGGUGUCCAUGGCAUCACCAGCGCGGGGAGUGAGCUUUUCGAGAUCGUGGCCGACGGCGACAUCGUCCGCUUACAGGUGGACUUUUGUCGGAAGAACGAUGCUCCAGCUCUUCGCUUCGUGAGGGGCGAUGGAGCUGAGUCCAUCAGCCCUGGGCAGAGUGGCAUGGAAGGCGUGUCCGAGCAAGUCCACUUCCCCGCGCCGCCGACGACGCUGGCGGGCCAUCGCCUGUUCAACUCCGAGGAAGGACAGUGGAAGGCGGGCGAUGAGAUCCGACCUCCCACCCUUCCCACCGGCUGGAGCUACGAGUUUCCGUCCUUCGCAACGGGUCUCUGCACGGCGAAAGUGCUGCGAGUCCAGCGGAAAGUUCCCAGCAAGGCGGCCUGUGAGAAGAAUUGCGGGGAGUCGAGCACUUGCCACUUCUUCGCCUUCUCAGCAGGAAGCUUAGAGUGCCGGUACUUUCCGGCCUGCGAUCUCGACAGGAUGAACGCCACUGCGGAUUUCACGACCUACAAGAAGAAGCUCAGCUGUGCCACCGCCAUCGCCACGGCGGCAGAGGCCGCGCUGAGCCCGGCGCUUCCGGGCACGAAGACUCGCCACCAAUGCCAGGCAGCUUGCUCAUGGCAAGGUUCUUCUUUCACGGAGUGGA